AUGACUACCGAUCUUGAACAAUUGAAGAAAACCAUCACAACUACGGAGUUGACAACGGAACAAUUACAAAAAUUGAAUCAAUUAAUUGAAAGUAUUCCCCAAAUCAUUAAAUCAUUAGAUAAUAGUGAUUAUGACGAGAUAUUUGGAUAUAGAAUCAAUAGUGGUGAUAAAGAAUAUAUUGAAAUUGAUAAACGUAAUGAAAUCUUAUUAAAAUUUUUAAUUGCUAAUAAAUAUGAUGUUACAGUUACAAAGGAUAAACUUAAACAAACAUUAAAUUGGAGAAAUCAAUUUAAACCAUUACAUGCUGCAUUUGAACUGACAUUUGAUUCUGAGUUGAAGAAAUUAGGAGUUAUAACUGAUUUUGGUACCAAUGAUGAUCUGAAGAAGAAUUUAAGAGUUUUAACGUGGAAUUUAUAUGGUAAUAUUAAAUCACCAAAAGAAUUAUUUGAAAAAUUUGGGGCUCAACCUGAUACUGAUGAAGAUGAUAGUAAUUCACAAUUUUUAAAAUGGAGAAUUGGAUUAAUGGAAAAAUCAUUAGCUUUAAUUGAUUUCAGUGAUCCUAAUAAUCAUAAAAUUGGUCAAAUUCAUGAUUAUAAAAAUGUUUCAAUGUUUAGAAUGGAUCCUGGAAUGAAAGCUUCAACUUCUAAAAUCAUUGACAUCUUUGGUAAUAAUUAUCCUGAAUUAUUAAGUAUCAAAUUCUUUAUUAAUGUUCCAAGUAUAAUGACUUGGGUAUUUUUAUUUUUUAAGAAAUUAAAGAUUAUAAGUCCUGAAACUUUAAAUAAAUUUGAAGUUUUAAAUAAUGGAGAUUUAACAAGUUGGAUUAAUAAAUCUCAAUUACCAAAAGAUUAUAGUGGUAAUUCAACUAAAUCAAUUUAUGAUUUAGAAGUUGAAAAUUCGAAUUUUAAAAUCCCAAAGUAUGGUGAGAUUAUAUUAAAGAGAUUAGGUGAUAAAGAGAUUGAAGAUAUUAAUAAUGAUGUUGAAUAG